AUGAAGAUAAACUUGAAGAACAAUGUUGUAGAAAGGCGACAGUUUGGGCUUCCGGGGCCUUCCCUUCUUCAGAUUGAUCAUGAUGACAGACCAGAUGAAAGGACUUUGGCAUCUUUUGGUCCAUUUGGUGUGGUUUGCAUCGGAACAGAGGAAGAUAUUAGGUGGGUGUCUCACCAACCGGUACCUGCUUCUUCCAUAUUCACACCGUCUCCACCACUUAUGGCUAUCAAAUCCACAAAAGUUUUUCAUCUGUUGAGAUUUGAAGCCUCUCAUAACCAUUGUCAUGAAGUGGCAGAUUGUGUUCUAGCGACUACAACCAUUGGUAGGGAAGUAAAGUGGUUUCGCACAGUGGAAAUCAGAGCGCCUCCAAUCAAACCGGGGAGCAAUCUGCUGCUGUUAGGUGGGAUCAAAAUCCAUUCGGUGUUUGGAGAAUCCACUAAAAACUCCAAUAAUCUCGAAAGAAAGAAGAAACAUUACUCUCGGUUGCAUUCCAGCCUUGUGAUUCAUCCAAAUGGCUGUGAAAGUGAAGAUCAAUGGAUUCUUGCAGAAGGUCGACUAGAGGAAUUCAUACAUGCUAAGACACUAUCAGCUUCUGAUCUUCGUGAUCCCGAGAUUUCAAGUCUUAUUGCCGUCAAAAUGAAGGAAUAA